AUGAGCAGAAGCGGCAACAGGAAGAUGACGACCGAAAACGACGAGGUUUCAGAGCUGCUGCGAGCUGCGGAGGAUGAAAUGCUCCUCAAGCUCAGCGUCGAUUCCCACAUGUCGCGUGGUUCUUCGAGUCAUAUAAUCGACCCGGAUCUCGAUCGUCGCUUCCUUGCCCUCAAAUCCAAGCCAAAACCAUCGAAGAUCAAGCCAUCAACAAAUCCAUCAGCAGUUCCUCUACGAAACCCACCACCAGAAUUGCCGACAGGUUCGAUGAGAGAGAGUGGUGAUCAUGAGGAGACGAAGGUUGAUGAUGAUGAUCUGUUAGCUAGAUUUUCUGCUCUCAAGGGCUCGAUUCCUUCUUAUUUAUCAUCUUCUGUCGCUUUCAACGAUAGUCAGCGGCAAUCGAAAGGUGAGGAGAAGGAGGAGGAGAACAGUGAUACCGAUGAGGUUGAGAAGGUGAUUAAGUGGGCUAUUGAUGCUGCUCGACUUGAUCCUUCUCCUCCUUCCGAUAAUUCUGAUAAUGAUGAUAGCGACGAUGACGACGACGACGACGACGACGAUGACGAUGAUCGGGUGGUAGAUGGGAAAAAGAAGGCUACUCGUGAUUGGACUUGGGUCUCGUCCUCAACCAGAGAGAGAGUCGGCCAUGGCUGCCAAGAUAUUGCCAUGUUCUUGAAAAUCUUCUGCAAGGACAGGCUGCAGAACAAGCCUGUGGUGAAGGGAAACUCUGUAAAUUUCAAAAGAUUUUCCUCUGGAAGUGCCAAUUUGGACAGCUGA